CUUUGUGAUGGAUACACUUACUGCCUGGACGGCUGGGUACAGGGAAGAACACUGGGUAACCAAAGGUACUGGGUGUGCUGGAAAGAUCCAAGGAGAAACAGGAAGGACAAGUGGUGCUGUUUGACUGGAAUGGGAGAGAACACCGGGAAGCUGACAUUACCUGCUGGACCAAGCUUUUAGGGUGCUUGUGAAGUCAGAGAGAAUACCAAGAAGGCGCUGUGGCAAAAUGGACGUGGGAAAGGAUGGAUCUCCUCUGAAGUUCCUCCAGACACCUGAACCUCAUCCACGGAGAGCCCAUGCUCCAGAUGUCAUUGGAACCUGGAGUUUGAGAAACAGAGAACAACUCAGGAAGAGAAAAGCUGAAGCACAGGAGAAGCAGACGUCACAAUGGAACUUUGGAGAACAGAAAAAACGCAAGUGUCAAAGAACAGGAAAAGGAAACCCAAGAGGCCCGAAGAGACAGGGGGGCACAGGGACGAGGGCACAGCCUCCGUCACAAACAGAGAAGCCAAGGAUGCAGAAAGCGAUGGAACCUGCUGAGGAAGAAAGCGAGCACCCUGUAAACCCUGUGACUGAAGCCCUCCCAUUGGUGGCAUGCCCCCCAAAAGCUGUGCCUGCAGAACACUGUUCUGAAGCACACCAACAAAGCGUUCAGUGCCAGGAUCUAGCAAUACAGAACCAUUCUCAAGCACACAAACAUAGGGCCAAACCUGAAGACCUCUCUCCUAACACGUGCCCAGAAAGAGCUGUACUUCAAUAUUCUUCUAAAAUGUGCCCAGAUACAGAUGAACCUGAGGUGCUUUCUCCUGAAAUGUGCCAGGAAACAGCUGUGCCCCAAAACCAUUGUUCCAAAGUACCCCAAGAUAUGGCUGGACCCGAGGAGGCACUCUCUCCUAAAAUGUGCCAGGAAACAGCUGUGCUUGCCCCAAACCAUUCUUCCAAAGCACCCCAAGAUAUGACUGGACCCAAGGUACUUUCUCCUAAAAUGUGCCAGGAAACAUCUGUUCCCCCAAACUAUUCUUCCAAAGUACCCCAAGAUAUGGCUGGACCCGAGGUGCACUCUCCUAAAAUGUUCCAGGAAACAGCUGUGCCCCAAAACCAUUCUUCCAAAGUACCCCAAGAUAUGGCUGGACCCAAGGUGCUUUCUUCUAAAAUGUUCCAGGAAACAGCUGUGCCCCAAAACCUUUCUUCCAAAGUACCCCAAGAUAUGGCUGGACCCGAGGUACUCUCUCCUAAAAUGUUCCAGGAAACAGCUGUGUCCCAAAACCUUUCUUCCAAAGUACCCCAAGUUAUGGCUGGACCUGAGGUGCUCUCUCCUAAAAUGUGCCAAAUACCAGCUGUGCUUCGAGAGCAUACAUUGAAAAUGUGCCAAGAUGUGACCAGACCUGAAGUCGUCUCCCCUAAAACACGUCAAGAGAGGGCUGUUGUUCCCUGGACAACACUUGGAGAAGCUGCUGGUCCAGAAAGAUGCUCUCCUGAAGCACUCCUCCAGACAGAUGUGCCUGAAGGCUGUCCACUUGAUACGUGCCCCAAAUCAGUCACCCCAGAGAAAACUUCCCAAGCAGAUCAGGCAAUGGCUGUGACUGAAGACUGCUUCUCUGAAACACGAGAAUGCACCGUGUCUGAAGACAUUUCUUCAAAAACACACCAAGAAGCAGUUGAACCUGAAUUCAUUUUUCACGAGACCUACAAAUCCACUGAGUCUACAGUCUCCUCUCAUAAAACAAUCCAAGACUCACCUGGGCCUGAAGACCAUUCACCGGAAACAUGUCAACCAAUGUCUGGGCUUGAGUACUACUCCCCUGAAACCUGCCAUGAAAUGCGUGGGCCUGAAGACCUCUCCAUCAAGACCUGUGAGAACAGGGAUGGGCCUAAAGACCACCUUCCAGAACACACCCAGGAAGCAGGUGGGGCCCAAGGACAGGACCCUAACACCCACCAGGACAGUGAGGGCGCUUGUGCUUUCUCUCAAGAAUUGAAGGAAAAAGCCAAACUAAAUCAAGAUGCAGAAACACCAUCAAGUCCACAGGGUCCUCAAGAGAUCUGUCGAGAAGAUGACACCGAUAGCUAUGUUCUGUUUUAACAUGACUCAGCGAUGAAGUUGCAGUCCAAAUGAAUAGAGCAUACACAUCUUCUCUUGUAUGAUUUUACUGAAAAAUUGUAGUAAUUGCUACAAUUUGCAUUA